UUGUACUAUUGACAGCAAGUUCGUAACGGUUAACGUUUGCUCGCACUAAUGCGAAACUUCUUGCGAAUGAGGGGAUGAACUUGUAAUUCUUUGCGACUCCGACCCAUACAAAUACAAGAGGCUCGACUCGAGAUUUCGAGACUUGUUUUUGUUUCGUUUAACUUUCCUUGAAUGUUUCGACGGACAAACGAUGCAAGACCUACUGUGUCACACAAAUGUACAUAAAAUAUAUAUAGAACCUGGAGGCAUAUCAUUUACCAGAUAACUGACUAGUUCGUUUGCACGCAAAUGCACUAGCCUCUCUGCUAACUAGUUCUGCUGGCCGCCAAGUGAUGCCCAGCGUUGAACAAAUUAGGUUAGUUGUUUAUUGCACAAGGCCCCUCUAGUCGGCUUGCCAGCAGAAAUAGUGUUACAACAUGAAUACUUGCUUUUGCCGUGCUGAUAAUUAUUAUCGACUACAAGCACAGACGGGUUUUGGAGAUGUAUGUAAAGCGCUCUUAACUUACUUCGUCAGAAGUGAAUGCUUCUAUGCACCUCGCUCGCAUUUUUUGUUAAAAAAUAUUGUAUUUCCCACAUCCGUAUUGCUUGUGACCGUCGAAGUCUGAAGCUUUUUUUUUAGCACAGAGGCAAUAAUAUGUAUGUGAAGAUGGUAAAGUUGCCAUGAAAAGCUUCUGCGUGAAUGGAAAGCUGUAUAAUUCCAUUUUUCUUGUACUGCCAGGUGAAGCACAAACUUUAGCGCGAUCCAACCCUUCGAAACAUUCAGAUGCCUCUUCACGCCCAAUAAAAAAAUUAACACCCAGCUUGAGAUAGUACCGAGCUGCUGAAU